AUGAGCAGAAGCAGCCAACGAGACCUCUUGUCUUCCGCCGAGUCCAAGGCUCCCGAGCCUGUCGAGGAUGGCCGCGACUCUACCCUCGGUGCUCUUCCCGCGGACGACAAAAAACCGGUAGCCAGCCGUGGAUGGCGUUUCUGGGCCGUGUUCGUCUCCCUCUCGAUAUCGGCAUUCCUGAGCGCCCUGGAAGGUGCCGUCGUGUCUACUGCCUUGCCCUCCAUCGCCCGGGCCGUGAACGCAGGCGAGAACUACAUCUGGAUGGUGAAUAUCUUCUUCUUGACGAGUGCCGCCGUCCAGCCACUCUACAGCCAGGUGGCCGACAUCUGGGGGCGCCGCUGGCCGAUGAUCGCGUCGCUGGCCAUCUUUGCGCUGGGCAGCGGCAUCGCCGGAGGCGCCAGCUCGGCAAGUGUGCUUAUCGGCGGCCGAACCAUCCAGGGGCUCGGCGCUGCGGGCAUCAACGUCCUCGUCGAGAUCAUCGUCUGCGACCUGCUUCCCCUGCGCGAGCGCGGACAGUUCAUGGGCUUGAUGUUCAUGUUCAUUGUCCUUGGAUCCGGCCUCGGACCGUUUUUGGGUGGCGUCUUGGUCGACCAUGUCUCCUGGCGAUGGGUCUUUUACAUCAACCUCCCCUUCUGCGGGCUAUGUCUGCUGCUCUUGUUCCUGUUCCUCAACGUGCAAGCACCAAAGACCGACCUGUCGACCAAGGAGAAUCUCAAGAAAGUGGAUGUUGUCGGGCUCUUUAUUCUCUGCGGAUCGAUAUCCUCACUCCUUUACGCCUUGACCUACGGAGGAACACGGUAUGACUGGUCGAACCCAGGCAUCAUCGUCAGCUUCGUCAUGGGAAUACUCGGCACCGCUCUGUUCUUCGUCUACCAAGUGUCGCCACUCUGCAAGCACCCCGCCAUGCCGAAAGCUCUGUUCGGCAACCGAACAUCCGUGGCGGCGCUCCUGGCGACCUUUAUGCAGAUCAUGACCUCGUACGCCCCGCUGUAUUUCCUCCCAGUCUACUUCCAGGCCGUCCAGCGCGUGACGCCGUCGCGCUCGGGCGUGCAGAUCCUGCCCUUCUCCGCGACGUUUUGCGUCAGCGGCCUCGUCGGCGGCAUCCUCGUCAGCAAGCUCGGCCGCUUCAAGGCCGUGCACGUCGCCAGCUUCGCGCUCCAGCUCGUCUCCCUGGGCACCUUCACCCUGCUCGACCGCGGCACGGGCACGGCUGUGUGGGUCGUCCUGCAGCUCCUCUACGGCUGGUCGCUCGGCAUGCCCAACCCGUCCCUGCUGACGGCCGUCCAGGCCGACGUCCCGGACAGCCUCAACGCCGCCAGCACGGGCGCCUUCGCCUUUGUGCGCAGCGUCGCCACCAUCUUCGCCGUCAGCGUGCCGGCCGCCGUGUUCGGCAACCGCUUCGACGAGCUCCUGGCCGCGGCCGGCGCGGUCCGCGACUACCCCGGCGCGCGGGAGUCGCUGGCGCGGGGCCGGGCCUUCGAGCGCGCCUCGCGGGACUUUAUCGACUCCUUCCCCCAGGAUAUCCAGGAAGGCAUCAUCGGCCUCUACGAGCUAAGCCUGCGGAGGGUCUGGCACGUCUCGCUAGCCUUUGCCGGCGCCGGCCUAGUCUUCGUGAUGAUCGAGAAGAACUUGGUGACGAGGGAGGAGCAGGAGAGCUCUCAGUUUGAGCUGCAGGCCCAGGCAAAGAAGACGGAUGAGAAUGGGGCUAGGGAGGCUGGGGUGCAAGGAAAAUAG